CAGAGUAAGACAUAGAAUAAUGCAAGAGACAGUGUUCCUCUUCACGGAAGAGAAUCUGAACAAAGAGCCAUCGUCAGGGGUUAAAUACAAACAAAGCUCCCGGCGCGUGGUUCCCAUGACAAGUUGCGAGGUGAGUGAUGCGGCUGCCGAGAUUAGAAUAGUAGAGAAGGUGCUAAAGAACGGCGACCUUUAUAACGGAGGCUUAUCCGCGGGUGUUCCGCAUGGGACAGGGAAGUAUCUGUGGUCGGAUGGUUGUAUGUACGAAGGGGAGUGGACACGUGGCAAAGCGAGCGGUAAAGGACGCUUUUCUUGGCCGUCCGGAGCGACCUAUGAGGGUCAGUUCAAGGACGGUCGAAUGGACGGCGAAGGGACGUUCAUUGGAAUCGACGGGGAUACUUAUAGAGGGCAUUGGCUGUGGGGAAGAAAGCAUGGCUACGGAGAGAAGCGGUAUGCAAACGGUGACGUUUACCAAGGAAACUGGAAGGCCAAUCUGCAAGAUGGUAAUGGACGUUAUGUGUGGAGCGAUGGGAAUGAGUAUGUGGGAGAGUGGAAGAACGGUGUUAUCUCCGGGAAAGGGGCAAUGACGUGGGCUAACCGAAACCGUUAUGAUGGGCUAUGGGAAAAUGGAGCCCCGGUUGGGAAAGGGGUGUUGAGUUGGGGUGAGGAGAAGACUAGUUAUAACGGGUGGGGGAGGAAGUGCAAGAAGAAAGAUGAUGAGAUUGUGCAGCACCAUAAGCUCUCUUCCGUUGAAACUUUGUCAACGAAUACUAAUUUCCCGAGAAUUUGUAUAUCGGAACUGGAGGAUAGUGGCGUGUGUGAUCACGUAGAGGCAAGUCCGUACACGAGCGAGUCAGAUACGAGUGGAUGUGGAGAGCAAGAGUGGGCAAGAAGCCCUUUGCUUUUGGAGAGUGGUGGUGCCAUGAGUUUGCAACAAAGUCCGAAGUGGUUGGAUGAAGGAGAUGUUAAGAAACCGGGGCAUACGGUUACGGCUGGACAUAAGAACUAUGAUUUGAUGUUAAAUCUACAACUUGGGAUUAGGCACUCUGUUGGGAAACAUGCUUCCCUUAUGAGGGAACUUAGGCACUGUGAUUUUGAUCCCAAGGAUAAGCAAUGGACCAGGUUUCCCCCAGAAGGCUCUAAGUCUACGCCACCCCAUCUAUCUGCCGAGUUCAAAUGGAAGGACUAUUGCCCAAUUGUGUUUAGGCAUCUAAGAGAUUUAUUCGCGAUAGACCAAGCGGACUACAUGCUCGCUAUUUGCGGAAAUGAAUCACUUAGGGAAUUUUCUUCACCUGGAAAGAGUGGAAGCUCCUUUUACUUGACUCAAGAUGAACGCUUCAUGAUCAAAACCAUGAAAAAAUCCGAAAUUAAGGUAUUGCUUAAGAUGCUCCCAAAUUAUUACGAGCAUGUUUCUAAGUACAAGAACUCUUUAGUCACCAAGUUCUUCGGGGUGCAUUGUGUCAAACCGGUAGGAGGCCAAAAGACUCGGUUCAUAGUGAUGGGAAAUCUGUUUUGUUCGGAAUAUCGUAUACACAAACGGUUUGACUUGAAAGGUUCAUCACACGGCCGUACCAUUGACAAGGAUGAAGGUGAAAUCGACGAGACCACAACACUUAAAGACUUGGAUCUCAAGUAUGUAUUUCGACUCGAGACCUCAUGGUUUCAAGCCUUCAUUAACCAAAUCGAUAUCGAUUGUGAGUUUCUUGAAGCUGAGAGGAUUAUGGACUAUAGUCUAUUGAUUGGUCUUCAUUUCCGUGAAUCUGGCUUGCGUGACGACAUUUCCUUGGGCAUCGGUCGACGAGAUCAGGAAGACAAAUUGAUGAGAGGGUAUAAUUCGCUUCCAAAUAUGGAAUCUGUCACCCAAACUUGUAACGGGCCAUUAUUGAGACUAGGGGAAAGCACACCGGCUAAAGCAGAGCAAGUGAGAAGAUUUGUGGAAGAUUCGUGGGAAGAAGACGACAUUGACAACUCAAAUCCUAAGAGUACGAGGAAAGAGGUCGUUGAGGUGAUCCUUUAUUUCGGUGUUAUUGAUAUUCUUCAAGACUAUGAUAUCACCAAAAAACUAGAGCAUGCCUACAAGUCACUCCACGCAGAUCCCGCGUCGAUUUCAGCUGUUGAUCCUAAGCUUUAUUCCAGAAGAUUUAGAGACUUUAUAAACAAAAUAUUCAUUGAAGACAAAUGAGAAUGAAAGUAACAUGCAACU